CACAUUUACCUGGUAAAGGGAGAGAGGUGAUUGGGUAAGACUCUAAGGAAAAUCUCCACCCUCGUUUCCAAGUACGCAUAUUUGUAACAUCUUUAAAAGACCGACACAUUUUUCUCUCGGAGCAGAGGAGUUUUCACGCAUCUUCACAUCUUUGGAGCCCUGACUGCACUGAGGAUGUCUUUAAAUGGCAGUUUUCUGUCUGAGGACCAGUUCAUGUGUUCUAUAUGCCUCGACGUGUUCACAAACCCUUCCUCCACGCCGUGUGGUCACAGCUUCUGCAUGACCUGCAUCAGUAGAUACUGGGACGGAUCCCAGGUCUACCAGUGUCCUCUAUGUAAGAAGACCUUUCAGAAGCGACCGGACCUUCAGAUUAACCGGACGCUCCGAGAGAUCACCGAUCAGUUCAAAUCAAUGAACGAUGGCGUGGUGCUGGGGAAGAACAAGAAAGGAAGAAAAGCUGGACGGGGAGCCUUCAUUCAAGAGUUUAAAAAGAAGUUCCCAAAAUCUUCAUCGAAAGAAAAUACUCAAGAUCUGGGUGAUUCCAUCUUGCCUUUGCUAUCACCAGUCACAGCUCCAAUGGCUUCAUCGGUUCCAGACACCGCAGUGGUUGGAAGUCCAAACACCUCGCUUCAUCCUCCAUCUUUAUAUCCAAGAUCCUUAUCCAACGGUCGUAGGAGGUUCACCCUGAGUGGUGCAGCCAGCAGCCAGCAUAUCCCUUUGUGUGAAACUCACCUGAGGGGACUAAUGCUCUACUGUCGGUCCGACCAGAUGUGCAUCUGUCCUGAAUGUGAGAUUGAGGAUCACAACGAUCACGACACCGUGUCCGUUGAGACCGAAUGGAUGGAAACUAAGACACAGCUCAGGAAUUCAGAGGAAGAGAUCCAAGAGAUGAUCAGAGUGAGAACAAAAAAGAUUGAUGAGAUCAAGACAUCGGUGACUGAAGUGGAGAUGGCAGUGGAGAGGGAGACGUCGGGUAGCGUUCGUCUCUACUCGACGUUGGUUUCUGCCAUCGAACGCUCCCAGGCAGAGUUGAUGGAGGUAAUGGAGAUCAGCCGAAGGGCGGCGCGUAACCAUGCCGAUGCCAUGAUUCGGCAGCUGGAGUGGGAGAUUGAAGACCUUAAGCAGAGGGAAAGCGCUCUCGCUGAGCUUGCCCAGUCGGACGACCACAUACACUGCGUCAAGACCUUCCCCGACCUCUCCACACCUCCGGUUACCAAAGACUGGUCUGGAGUGUCUCUGAACUCUGACCUGGGAACAGCCACUGUCUACAGAUCUUUGUCAGCCAUGAUGGAAAAGUUCCAAGAAGACCUGAAGGAUGUUGUGGAAAAUGGAUUUCCUGCCACAGGAUUGGGAAAUAAUCCAGUACUAUCACAGUCUAGGGCAAAGAAAAUACAAGAAUAUGCACUGGACGUCACUCUGGACACUAAUACUGCACAUCCAAGACUGGUGCUGUCAGAAGACCUAAAAACUGUUUGGUGUGUAGACAGACACCAUCACGUACCGGAGUCUCCUGAAAGGUUUGACCGAGUUGUGUGUGUUCUAGGGAGGGAGGCCAUUUCUUCUGGGAAACAUUACUGGGAGGUCGAGGUGAAUGGGAAGACCGACUGGGAUCUGGGUGUGGCCAGGCACUCUGUCAACAGGAAGGGGAAGAUAGAUUACACCCCAAACAACGGUUUUUGGUUCCUCAGUUUAAGAGACAAGAAUAAAUAUGCCUUUAGAUCCGAACCAUACACCGACUUCCAGCUGAACACCAGACCCCAUAAGAUUGGAAUAUUUGUGGACUACGAAAAAGGAGAGGUAUCUUUUUUCAACGUUGACGCCAAAGUCCAUAUCUAUUCUUUCCACGACGUUUUCACUGAAAACCUCUACCCGUUUUUCAGUCCCUGCACUAAUAAAUCUGGAAAGAACGAGAUGCCUCUGAUAAUUACAAGAGUAAAUAUGACACAUUAGCAUCCACCAUGUUUGGUUAUUUUCUGUUCCUCAGGUACUUAUUUGCUCUGGGGUUAAAACAUGAUACUUAUCUGUUUAUCUUAACAUACGGACUAGGAGUAAAGACGAUAAACAAUGGCUUGUUUGGCAAUUAAAAUAAUGUGACAACCACCACUUAGAAAACUAUUUUAAUUUCCGUUGAACAACACUAACAGUUUAGCUCAUUUUUUAAGGAGCUAUUUGAUUUAAUAUGUCCUAAAGACAAGCGUAAGGAAAAAACAGUUGGAAUAAUUGUGUAGGUACUCUGAGUAACAUCUGUCAGUCAAUACCAGAAAACCUACCCCUCAUUUCUUUUGGACUAUGCUAACAGUUUCACGCAUUUUUUGAGGACCAUUUUAGGCUAAACUAAACUAGCAUAACUAAAAGCAAUAAAAGAAAAACAGUUAAUUAUUGUUUUUUUUUUCUUCCACGCUUUAACUACACAGUUUACUUUAUUUUUGGAAGCUAUUUUGUUUAGUUUAGCUAAACUUCUCAGAGAAAUUUAGCUAAGCUAAACUAGCUUUAAGCUAUGGAAACAGCUGUUCUUUCACAUAAAAUAUGGUUCAACUUUUGCUGUUUUUAGGUAUUUUCUUAAAAGACAUUUGUACUCACUGGCUUCUAAUUCAACAUGAGAGUUUAGGGUUUGUUUUCAUUUAAUUUGUCGUGUUUUUUUUUAAUUCAAAUUGUUGUUUUGAUUUGUAGCUUUUAUGUGCAGCAGUUUGGCCAACAGCUGUUCUUAAUGUGCUAUAUAAAUAAAUCUGAUUUUAAAACAGCUGCUGGCAAAAAUAAUAAUUUUUUUUAAACUUCUAUGUGUUUUCUUUUAAACUAUGCUAACAGUGUAGCUUAUUUUUAUAAUCUAUUAGCCUAGCUAAAUUAGCUCAGCUUAAAGAUGAAUAAAGAAAGCUUUUGGACUAAUCCAACAACAGACUAAAAGUAAAAACAGUUACAUCUACCACCUGGAAAACAUAUUGUUAUUUAUUAUCUCCUGUCUUGGAGCACGAUAAGCAUUUGGAACAUUUUUCAGUUUGGAAUUACUGCUAAUCUGCCACCAAAAUUACAAGAAAAUUAUAUUUGCAUGUAUAUAAGCAGUAAAAAUGAGUUAUUUACAGAAAUACCUCUGCUUCCUGCUACAUUGUGUUACUGGACUCAUUGAAUAAUGUUUUUGUUUUCUAAAUAAAGCUGUAAAUAAAAACUGUCUUGUUGCCCUAUGGUAACCAUCA